ACAUUGUCCAAAACUUAAAUUUGUAACAAUAUUGAUAACAAAAGAAAACGAAUCAACUUUGGAACAAGAUUUAGAAGAUUUAUUUACUUCUUGUGUAUAUUUGGAAGGUCUUAAACUACAGAUCGCAUGCAAUAUUUCAUUGAAUGCUUCGAGAAUAUUUAAUUUAUUAAAGAAGCUAUCCUUAAAUAAUUUAGAUACAUUGAAUUUAUUGAAUUUGGAUUCUUUACGAGGUAAUUGGCAGUGUCCCCCAGAAGAUGUUAAAUCUUUUAUGGACUCAUACACAAAUAGGAAACCAUUAUCAAUUGUAUUAGGCAAUUUCUUACAUAUGGAUGAAGUGAUUACCUAUAAUUUGAUAGGUCAAUAUCGCGCAACAGAUGUAUUAAAGGAUUUCUAUAAAACGUCAAGUUUGAUUAAACUUAACAAGGGAUGGAAUAAUAUUGGUGUAUUAAAUAAAUAA